CUCGCUGCGCUUGCUUCCCUCGCGGCUGCCCAGAGCGUGGUCAUCCAUGCGCCGGCUCCCCAGUCGACGUUCUCGCCCGGUGACAAGAUGGUCGUCGACAUCGAGCGAGUGAACAACCUGAUCCUCUCGACCGACGUGUCCAUCGCCAUCGGGCUCCAGAGCUGCGCCGACGACGCUACCGAGGGCAACUGCAGCGGCGACGGCACGGACAGCCAGAUUGGCAGAAUCUUGACCUUUGGCCCGUACGCGCCGGGGUCGGUUCCUGGUACCCUCGGCUUCGCCCAGAACUACACCGUGACGGUUCCUGCGGACUUCCCCAAGGGAGAUGCCGCGCUCUCCGUCGCCCACUUCUUCUUGCUGGGAAGC